AACAAGCUAGAAAGACAUAUCAACUCAGAGAGAGAGAUUUACCAAUAGGAAGAGAGGAGAGGAAACUCGGCUUAACGAGAAAUAUAAUGCAGACAUGGAUUCGAGUUUUGAUCCUCGUAGGAUGUCUCUUUCCUGCAUUUGUCGAAUGCAGGGUUCGCCAUUACAAGUUUAAUGUGGUGAUGAAAAACACUACUCGAUUGUGCUCGACGAAACCAAUAGUAACUGUCAACGGAAAAUUUCCAGGUCCCACGAUCUAUGCGAGGGAAGAUGAUAAAGUGCUUGUGAAGGUCGUCAACCAUGUGAAAUACAAUGUCUCUAUUCAUUGGCAUGGUGUAAGGCAACUUCGAACAGGAUGGGCAGAUGGUCCGGCAUAUAUCACGCAAUGUCCAAUCCAGCCAGGCCAAAGCUAUAUAUACAACUUCACCAUCACGGGCCAAAGGGGCACGCUACUUUGGCACGCUCAUAUUUUGUGGCUCAGGUCCACAGUCCACGGCGCCAUAGUCAUCUUGCCUAAGCUUGGUGUCCCAUAUCCUUUUCCCAAACCCGAUCAUGAACGCGUGGUUAUCUUGGGUAAGGAUGGGAUAGCAUGUUUGGUAUGCAAUACUAGAUUGGAUUGGACUCGACAGUAUAACAAAUAA